UUUAAUAUCAUUUAGUUUGUAGGAGGCAUCGACAGUCUUCACACAGUAGUGUAACGUUUCAGUCGCGUACCGAAAUGCAUGUAUAGCAUCAGAUAGAUUUUAUUGAUCGUUUGAAUUUAAACGUUACGUUAACGAUUUGCAUUUGGAUAAAAUAACAGACGCCAGCAAAUGAUUCACCAGCAAAUUCAGUGAACGAAAACUUAACAUAUAAAAAAAAAGAAGCGAGUGUUUCACAAUCGGUGUGUAUGCAGUUCAGUACCAAAGUAAAUGCAACCGUGCACAACGUUGAACAAUAAUAUAACAUCAACGAUUUGGAAUCUGGAAAAAUACGCGUGAAUAAAAAAAAUCACAUACACACUCAUACAAUAACAUAGUGCACCAACAAAAUAGUAACAGAGCAACAAGUGUUUUAAUUGAAGUAAACAUGGAGACUAAAGAAAAUGAAGUAGCUGAAAUGAAUGGAAUCACGUCGGUGAAAAUGGAUGCAAAAAAAUCAGAGAUCCCAGAUAAAAUGGAAACGCCACUGAAUAAAAUGGAUCACACAAAUAACGUGACUAAAAUGGUUCAGAUAGAAGCAACAGAUAAAAUUGAUGAAAUGAAACCAGAAAAACCAAGCAAGCCAGCAAUACGAGAAGUAACAAUAAAUGCUGACGAAACGCCAUCAUCUUCAUCAUCAUCAUCAUCGGCAAUUUCACAUAGUCAAGAGUUGGCCGCACGGCGACGACAAUUCAUGUCACAACCAUCAACUGUAGCAACCAGACGGCAACAGGCGGUUUGUGUUAGACGCGCUCACAAAAGCUACGGACCAAAAAACAAUCCAAACAUCAUUUUGGAUGGAUUAAACAUGACUGUGCCAAAAGGAUCGAUUUAUGGACUUCUCGGUGCAUCGGGUUGUGGUAAAACGACGCUCCUAUCGUGUAUAGUCGGACGUAGACGAUUGAAUUCUGGUGAAAUUUGGGUUUUGGGUGGUACACCAGGUUCAAGAGGAAGCGGCGUGCCAGGACCACGCAUCGGCUAUAUGCCUCAAGAAUUGGCUUUGUACGGUGAAUUUACAUUACGUGAAACAUUAUUAUAUUUUGGUUGGAUUGCUGGCAUGACAACAUCCGAGGUUGAUGAAAAAAUUGAUUUUCUCAUUCGACUGUUGCAAUUGCCGAAUGUAACGAGAUUCGUAAAAAAUUUGAGCGGCGGUCAACAGCGUCGAAUGAGCUUGGCAGCUGCACUUUUACAUGAGCCUGAAUUAUUAAUUUUGGAUGAGCCGACCGUCGGCGUUGAUCCGAUCAUUCGUCAAAGUAUUUGGGAUCACUUGGUUGAUAUAACGAAUACUAGCAAGAAAACUGUCAUCAUCACAACACAUUACAUCGAGGAAACACGUCAAGCCCAUAUUAUUGGUUUGAUGCGUGGCGGUAAAUUUUUAGCUGAAGAAUCUCCAGAUGCUCUUCAAAUGAAAUACCAAUGUAAUACAUUAGAAGAGGUGUUUUUGAAGCUUUCCAUCAUACAAAACAAAGGUAAACGACGACGGUCGUCAAUUGCACAGGAAAUUUCUGAUCAAGUUUCAAUGCCAUCUGCGAUGACGAAUCCAGCAUUAGAUAUAACUGAAGAGGAUCCAAAUGAAAUUUCCGGUGAAUUUGGUGAUCAUUCGAUAUCGAUUGUACCAUUGCCAAAAAGUGUGGCUGAAUUAACACCACCAUUACCUCCGUCUGAAGAUCAACCGGCCACCCUUAUCGAUUACGUUAAAGUCUUCAAACCGCAUCAUAUGAAAGCGUUAAUUUGGAAGAAUUUCUUAUGGAUGUGGCGCAAUGUUGGUGUGAUGCUCUUCAUUAUCGGUUUACCAUGUUUGCAAAUUAUCUUAUUCUGUUUGGCUAUCGGCCAUGAUCCAAAGGGUUUAAAAUUAGCGGUUUCAAAUCAUGAAAUAAACGGUUCGAGUUUUGAUGACUGUCCAGUUAUUGAAGGUUGCAAUUAUACAUUACUGAGUUGUCGUUACCUCAACACGUUGAAAAAACGAGACAUGGUCAUUGAACUUUAUGAUUCAGACGAAGCGGCAUAUAAUGAAGUUCAACGUGGCCGGGCAUGGGCUACAAUGAUUUUCAAAAGUAACUACUCGGAGUCGUUGAUCAGACGAACAGAAGAUGGUCGAGACGUAGCCGAUUGGGAUAUUGAAGCGUCCGAUAUCGAAAUUCGAAUGGACAUGUCAAAUCAGCAAAUUGGUCAGUUAUUGUUCCGCGAUAUUCAGUUAAGCUUUUUCAGUUUUAUCAAUCAAGUAUUGACGGAUUGUGAAGUGAAUCCAUCGGUUGCUAAAAUUCCCGUGAGAUUCAAUAAGCCAAUUUAUGGCAAUGAUACGCCAAAUUUCACUGAUUUCGCUGCACCCGGUGUCAUUUUGACAAUCAUUUUCUUCUUGUCGGUGGCUUUAACCUCGGGAGCUAUGUUGAUCGAGCGCAACGAAGGCAUGCUGGAACGUUGCCUUGUCUCUGGAAUCACCGGCAUCGAAAUGUUAUUUUCACAUGUUGUCACACAAUUUGUCAUUAUGUCCGGUCAAACGACAUUCGUUCUGCUUUUUAGCUUUUCUAUUUUCGGUUUAACGUUGGAAGGUGAAAUUUUGUGGGUGAUUCUAUUAACUAUAUUAACUGGACUGUGCGGCAUGUGUUUCGGUUUCGUUGUGUCAUCUGCCUGUGAAAAUGAACGUACCGCAACUUAUAUGGCAAUGGGAAGCUUUUUACCAAUUGUUAUGCUGUGCGGAAUUAUAUGGCCAAUCGAAGGAAUGUAUCCGGGUUUAAAAUAUCUUGCAUAUUUCUUGCCGUUGACAAAGUCAACAGAAUGUUUACGAUCAAUAACUCAACGCGGCUGGCCCAUCAGCGAACCGGCCGUUUAUAGCGGUUUCAUUUCGACCGGCAUAUGGGUGCUGAUCUUUUUAACAAUAAGUAUUUUAUUACUGAAAUUCAAGAAAGGCUAAAGUGUACUCCUUACGCAUUCAAGUCAUUUCGUAUGUUAUUAUUAUUAUUAUGUUGUCUUUUUUCAUAUAGAUAAUUAUCUAAGUAAUUUUAGUGGUAAUAUCGUAAUUCUCUUUUGGAAUAAGUUGUACAUGCGUUUUCUUCUUCUUCUUCUUUUCUAAUAAUUUUAUUUAAUACAAUUUUUCGUGAGUGUGAAUGAAUCGCUG